UGCACAGGAGUGUAUUUUGGGGAGUUUGUGUCUGUCACCGUGUCGGAGAUUUGGCAACCCUGUGCUAAACUCUAUGAGGAGGAUUUUUGUUUACAUUGUCCGGCUUUUAUGAAGCAGUUGCCGCUUCUGAGCUCAGUGUAGAGCGAUGUGUAAUACAGGUUGAUGGGUUUGAUGUAUUUUAUCAGACAUGGCGCGUUAUUCACCAUUCCCGACGACCCUGGACCCGGUGAGAAGGCUGCCAGUGAAGACAGCAGUCACAGUGCUGGUUAUUGUUGUGGUUUUUAAGUGUGUGUUUUCGUGUCCGUGCACGAGCCCGGAGGAGACAGCUGCGCACUGCUGGCUGUAUCUGCUGCUUCCUGUAGGCAUCCUGUUCUUCACGCUCAGCCUGGUGGACACGCAGCUGCUGAAGGUGUGCCAGUGCCAUGUGUGCAGGUGCUGUGUGCGGGCAGAGAGCAGAUAUUGUGCGGCAGGCUGCUGUGGCAGUGUGGAGUGUUGCUGCUGUGCUGCUGGUUACUGCUACAGGCCGACGCAGUGCUGCGGGGAGGAGGUGCGGUACUACUGCGCGCUUGUGCUGAAUUACCUGCUGCGGGUUUUCUGCGCCUCGGCGCUGUGGGUUGUGGUGGCGCUGAUGGACGGGGACUGGUACAUCUGCAUCCGCACACUGACUGUAAACGGCACCGGACAGCAGCAGAUCGCCUGCAAGGAUUUACCAACACCACAGGAAGCAGAAACUCUGAGGAAAUACACUAGUGAGUCGAGGAUUAUUGCUUUGUUCAUCAUCCUGGGUCUUUCCAUCCUGCUGGUGGUAAGCACCUCUAUCAUGAGCAGGUGGAAGCCGUACUACAAGUCGGUGUUUGAGGCGUAUGUGGAGCAGGAGACGACAGCCAUGCUGGAGGAGAAGCUGCACGAGCAGGCCGUGGAAAGAGCAAAGGUUCUCAGUGAGAGUGUGUUGCGCUGCGUUCACAGUCGGCAGGAGAACAGCGGACAGGGAGAGGGACACAUUCAGUACCAACUACUAACAGAGACAGAGGAGAACACGUGGAGGGAAAUAUCACACCCAGCAUUCCAUCUGCUGGGAGUGAGGAUCCAUUCCUGAGAUAGUCAGUCAUCCAGGGCAUUGUGUCUUAUAUGAAGGCCCUUCGAUGUGUGGAACUGCCCACCACUCUUAUAAAUGAUCUGUUAGCAGUGUUAAACAAACUAUACCACACCAGUGAAAGGAGCCUGUAUCUGAAAAGUAUGGCUUACUUAUUGUUCAAAAAAAGUUUGAACUCCACUCCAGGUAUGGACAUAUGGCUCUGCUUUAAUUAAAAAAAAAAAAUGUUUACAUUUACAUUUAUUGCAUUUGGCAGACGCCCUUAUCCAGAGCGACUUACAAUAGUGCUUUGAAGUCUAUCAAAAAUACAUUCUGACACUGGCUCACUAGGUCACAAACUAGGAAUACCAUCGGUUUGCUUGUUAUUUUCUUAUUUAACAUGAAAUAUAACUAUUUAAACAAACUAUGCAGUAUUAGAAAAACUUUUUCAGUUUCAUUUUUAAGAAAAGUUCUCACAAAAACUAAAUGGUGACAGUUGGUGACAGUUGAGUUGAUACACAGUUCUCAGAUGCUGCCAAGUUUGAAAGUAGUAUCAUGGAUUUACUGUGAAACAGGUCAUGGCAUGUUGUCUUGCUGUUUAAACACGUUAGAUGUUUUGAGAUGAUUGUCUACAGAUGGUUAGAUGCUUUAGAGAAUGAUCCAUCAGAGUGACAGAAAAUUUAAGGGUAUAUAAAGAGUUAUUAUUACAUCUGUUAUAUUUUUUACUGUAUUCUGUUCUGACGCACAUUCUCAGUGAGGAUAUGACUGACUGUUUUGAGGCUACAUGUCCUGAUGAACUGAGACAACACUGUAUGUUCUGCAACAGUUUACAAGGGGAAAAAAACUGUAGCUUGUCAGUGUUACCUGGUUACAGGAAAUGUGAAUUUUUGUGUAUAUCAUCUCAUGGCUGUUUAAUAUUUAGAUUCCAUAAAUGCAAACACUAAGAAAGCUUGAAGUAAGAGAAGGACUCCUGAAUAUGAAAAUUAACAACAGAAUAUGUGAAUGGUUAAAAAACUUAAAUGUUAAUGUGUUCAUUAUUGAACUGCUUUUUUGAAGAUUGUCUUCUUCAGCUGUAUUAAGCCCCUUCUUUCUAACAGUGUGGGUUUUACUGGCAGCCUGAGCCAAACCUCUGACCAUGUAACCUGAUUGUCACUGAUCCACAGGAUGUUUCUGUGCUGUCACCAACAAUGUCAUCUCUUUUUCUUUCUUACUUAACAGUAUCUAAAGCGGCCUCUUUUACACUCCGAGAUACAUAAACAUAACGAGUGCAGUGCAGCAACUGUUCAACUUCCACUACACACUUUCCAUUUCCAUAUCAAGAAAACUAAACUUUAACUAAAACAGAAAUACUUGAGUAAAGUACAGUUAUGUUUUUGAAGAGGAUUAUGUAUAGAUCUGCAUAACAUAAUUAUGUAUAAUUAUGUUUUCAUGGACCUAUAUCAGUUUGCAAUAAUAAUAUAAAUAUUAAACAACUCAACACACUGCUGGCAUUUGUCUUUUUAUUUGCAGAUGAAACACAGCAAGAAAAGUUUACAAAAUUAUCAUUUAUCAUUUCUCAAUACACAUUCAAAGCAAACUUAUGGAAAUAUAACAUUUUGGUGUGGCUGCACUUUUUGUGUUGUGCUCAAGGCUUCUUUCAUCCAGAUCCAACUCAAUUCAACAUAUGAAGCAUCAAAUACUGUAUCACGUUUGUUGUAUUUUAUUGAGAUGUCUUCACAUAAAGAAACUGGUUUACAUUUAUUCAUAUUUAUCAUUAUGAAAUUCAGUGUCUCUUUAGCUACUUCACAUGAAUUUCACAUGCAAAUAAUCAAAUGAUUUUCCACAUGAAAAUUGUGUGAUUACUCACAAAUAGAAAUUCAUAUUGCACAUAAUAUAUAAUAUAUAUAUAAUAUGUAAUAAUUAAUCUAUCACAUAAGUCAUGUUUACGUGAGCUUGCAUGCAAUUUCAGGGCACGUUGAAAUACACCUUCCGAUGUUAUCAUGGGAUCACAUAUUUUUCACAGGAUGUCACACAUGAAUGUAUGCAAUUAUUUCAUAAGGGCUAAAAUGAGUUAAAUGGAGGGUUAACAAUUGAAAUGUCAUUUCAGAGGAAGACAUGCACCUGCAUGUUUUCUCUUGCUUGAAGAGAGUUUGUUGAGGUCCUGGUGCCUUGAAACACUCUUAACAGUGUUUUCAGUGGUUAAGCACAUUCUUAUAAGCACAUAGGGAUUUGUUGUAUGUAUUUUAAUGUAAAGAGUUAUGUUGAAGAUCAUUUUUUAUAUUAAGGGAAAAAUAUGUUAUUGCCCAGGCAACAUGUAGUCAUAUAUAAAAUAAAUUUGUGACUAACAGCACGUCUACUAUAUGUCACAGAAACACUUUUAGUACUCAACCUUCAUUUUUACAUCAGGGUCUAUUUUAAAGCUCUAAACAGGACAUUUUUCUAACAUAUAAAAGUUUAUGAAAAAUGUUUUUGUGCUUUUUUCUAACAUAUAAAAGUUUGAAAAAUGUCUUUGUAUUUAAUUGUCUUAAUCCCACACUCAGAAUAUAGAAAUGUGAAAUGUGAAAACUCUUAGCAAAAAAACAUUUUUUAAACAAAACCAUGUGUCACAAUUAUUGGCACCCAUGCAUCUGUACAACCUCCCUUUACCAACAGCUCUGAGAUUUCUCCUGUAAUGUUUGAGGAGAUUAGAGAACACAGAGGAAGGAAUCUCAGACCACUUCUCAAUACACUAUCACACCAGAUCCUCAGCCCUCUGUUGUGGACUCUCCUCUUUAACACAAUCCACAGGCUUGUAAUGAGUUUUAAAACAGGAGACUGGGACGGCUGUUUCAAAAGCUUGAUUCUGUGUCAUUCAACCAUUUUUGGAUUUGGAUGCAUGUUUUGGAUCAUUGUCCAAAAGCUCCAACCAUGACCCAAUUUUCUUGACAGAGGCAGCCAGAUUUUCAGUUAAUAUUUCCUGGUAUACUACGGUGUCCAUGACACCUUGUGUCCUAAGGCCUUUGGAGAUAAAACAGCCCUGUAACAUCAUACAUCCUCCAACAACAGUGAAGGAUUAGGUUCUUUUCUGUAUGACCAAAAAAAAAAAAAGCUCUAUUUUUGUUUCAUCUGACCAUAGAACCCGGUUCCAGUUAAAAUCCCAGCAGUUCAGUUAAUAAAAUUAGUGACAGUAUGAAAUGCUCAUUUCUGAGAAUAGUAAUGAAAGUUGCAUGAGACUCAGAGGGACUGAAAUUGAAUUAUGUAGAAGGCAGGAAGCAGGAGUGUGUAGACAGCCUUAGAUGAACCUUUGAAUGCAACUUGUUUACAGGACAGGAAAUAGAACAAAAAGACCAAAACUAUGCAGUGACACUGAUUUCUUUUCCUCUGAACAUCAACACAACACUUAUUUCAAUUCUGUCAUGCAUACACAUGUUUAAACAUCACUUGUCAUGAUUGUAUAUAUAGUAUAUAGUAUGAUUGUAUAUGGUAGCUGUAUGGGAUUAUGAAAUGUAACAAUUCAUUUAUGUAACAAUUCAUUUAUUUAGUAUUUUACAAACUGCCCCCGGCCAAAAUAGAGUACACAAUGCAUUGUUACCUAAACAGGAUUAAGUAGUAGGACUUAACACUAUACAGAUAGCAAAUAUUAGUGUCCUACUGUACUUGUUUAAAAAUGACCUUCCCACACCUGCUGACUGGCAGGCGUGUACUUCUCUGGAGCACAGGAAUCAGAGGUGAGAAGGGGGGUAGCGCGUCCAAUCCCAGCAGUUGGCGUGU